AUGGCCAGCGCGCCAGUCAUCGACGUCGGUCCCCUCCUACUCGAUGCCGACGCCGAUGCUGCUGCGGUGGAGAGCGCCGUGGCCCAGGUUGGCGCGGCCUGCCGCGAGUGGGGCUUCUUCCAGGCCGUGGGCCACGGCGUGCCGGACGCCCUGCUGGCCCGCUUCAACGCCCAGGCCCGCGCGUUCUUCUCCGCGCCCGCCAGCGUGAAGCGCGCCGUCUUCCGCAGCGCCGAUAACCCGCGCGGCUACUUCGACGACGAGCUCACAAAGCGGCGCCGCGACUGGAAAGAGGGCUUCGACUACGGCGGCCCGGAGGGCAACCCCGUGGACGGAGAAAACCGGUGGCCCGACCCGGACGCCCUGCCCCGCUUUCGGGAGACGCUGACGCAGUACUUUGACGCGAUGGUGGGACUGGCCUCGGCGCUGACUGCGGCCGUGGCGCGGUCGCUGGGACUGGACCCGGGCGCCCUGGCAGGGGCGCUGGGCCGGCGGCACGCGUCGCUGUUGAGGCUGAAUCACUACCCCGAGUGCCCCAACCCGGAGGGGAACUUGGGCGUGUCGCCGCACAAGGACGUCGGGAUGCUGACGCUGCUGCUGCAGGACGACGUGGGAGGGCUCCAGGUUGAGCACGGGGGCGAGUGGGUGGACAUCCCGCCGAUUGAGGGGGCAUACGUCGUCAACGUGGGAGACAUGAUGCAGGUUUUCUCGAACGACGCCAUCUGCUCGCCUGUCCACAGGGUGGUGCCGCCACGCGAGGGUAGCCGCUACUCGGCGCCAUUCUUUUACAACCCGGCACACGACACGGUGUGCGAACCCAUUGCGAGCGUGGCGGACCCCAAGGCAACGGUGUUGUACCGGCCCUUCACGUGGGCAGAGUUCAUUGGAAAGAGGCUGGCGGGCAACUUGGAGGACCUGGGAGAGGAAGUGCAGAUCGCGCACUACCGCGUCCAAUCGGCGCCCGGAACGCAGGCAAGCGAACUGAGAUCUCAACAAGUCUGUUGA